AUGAAUGCCAUUCCCCAGCUGCGAACGCCAACCGGAAGGUCACCACCGAUAAUGGGGGACGGCGAAUUGGCGGUCAACGAGUCGCACCCGGACGGGCAGGACCUGGGAGGUGAUCGGAUGGCACGCGGCGGACGGACGGCUUCGGCGAGGGCGAACAAGGAGCUGGGCCGGCCGGGCCGGUGGAGUGAGUUCUUCUUCUUCUUCCUCUUCGCCUCUUCGCCUCUUCGUCCUGCCGGCGGUCGAUCGAUCGGUCCCGGUGCCGGUGCCGGUCCCGGUCCCGGUCCACCGUAUCCUUCGUGUCCUGUCCUGCCCUGUCCUAUCAGCACCUUGCGCGGUUCGAUUGGCUGGCCGACCGACCGACCGACCGUUGGCUGUCACCGAUUUGUUGGUGGCCCCUUUCGCUGGGCGCGCGCCGGCUAA